AUGACGAGGCCCGUGUUCAGGAAGAUGAUGGUGUCGGGUUGGCUCGGUUCUGGAUCAGGGAAGCCGCCAAUCACAUGCGUCAUAGCCGAUGGAGUGCUAAGUUUAGCGGUGGACGUGGCUAAGGAGGUUGGAUUGCCCGUAAAUAUUGUUCAGGACAGUGAGUGCUUCCUGCUAUUGGGCUUAUUCCUGUAUCCCUCGACUCGUAGAAGUUGGAGACCUCUCCCAUUUACGGGGAAUGACUUGGACGUGCCAAUAAACAGCAUCCGGGGGUUGGACGGGUUUCUGCAGCAAAUCUUCCAGGCUUUUGUAGAUGUAAAGACUUUGAGCGAUGCAACUUUGCAAUUCGUAGUUAAUGAAGGCCAACAGAAUUUUAGGGUCGAUGCACUAAUACUCAACACGUUCGAAGAACUUGAGUUGCCUGUACUCGAACACACCCCUGGAAAAACUCCAAAACUGUAUGCCGUCGGACCUCUCCAUGCCCCUCUCAAAUCAAGAUCCCCUCAUGAAAUGGCGUUCUGGUCGUCAAGUAGAAAUCUCUGGAAAGAAGACCGGAACUGCAUGGGGUGGCUCGAUAAUCAGCCUGCCAGAUCAGUCGUGGACGUGAGUUUUGGUGGCAUAGUGGUCAAGACGGCGGAUCGGUUCCUAGAGUUCUGGCACGGCCUGGUCAAUAUCGGGAAGCACUUCGUGCGGGCAAUAAGGGCGGGUUUAAUCCCCAGCGACGGAUGGGCCCUCCUAGAUGAGCUUAUGAAGGCGACUGAGGAGAGGGCGCGAAUAGUGGAGUGGGCCCCACAGGAGGAGGUCCUAGAUCACCCUGUGAUCGAGGGCUUCCUUAUGCAUGCAGGGUGGAACUACGUGCUCGAGGGCGUGACCGCCAGGGUGCCAAUGACAUGCUGGCCGUGCUACGCGGACCACUUCUUGAAUGCGAGGUUUGUGAGUGAGGUGUGGAAGGUUGGGUUGGACAUGAAGGACCCGAAGUAUGAUGGGGAUGCCGUGGAAAGAUGGUUGGGGAGUUAUUGGAUGACAGAGAGGAUGAGUUCAGGGGCUCAGCUGAAAAGUUGA